CAGUCGUAUUUCUGCAUGACGUAAUUCGUUGUUUUGUCCCUUGAUGAUGACGUAGGGGAAGUGUCAGAGUUAGAGACCAGAAAAGACACAAAUAGUUGACUUUAUUCACCAAACGACCUCGCACGCUUCAAAGAAAGCACUCGCGGCGAUGCACUCGUCCGUGAGGGAAAUCCUGGUCUCGUCCCAGCCAGACUCCUCCUACUUCCUGCGAGUGGAAGGGAGUGGGCGGGGCUUAGCGUCUGGUUUUCAGGUGCUGCUCAGCGAUGGACGGCGCGCCUGGAGAGGCGAAGCGAGCGAGGCGUCCGUGUGCCGGGAGGCGGACGAACUGGAGAUGUCCGAGGAGAAGUACGUCCGGGACCUCCAGGAGGCGCUGAUGGGCGCGGGAAGCGCCGACUCUUACCGCUUCGACCUGGCGCCGUCGCCGCCCGAUGGCGGCGCAGCGCUCACGCUGACUUACGACAAAGUCCGGAAGGACAUCUCGUUCAGGCUGGGCUCGGUGUCGCUGAGCCCGAUCCCGGAGCCGUCGGAGGCCGUGAGGGGAUUGCUGACGCACAGCCUGCUGAGAGGAACGUCCCUGGAUCACCAGAACCAGGAGCUCCGGGAGCAGAACCGACGCCUCAGACAAGAACAUCAACGUAUCACCGCAGAGCUAAAGCGCUACGCCAACGGGAAAGAAGACCUGGAGGCGGAGCUUUACUCUCGCUUUGUUCUGGUGCUGAACGAAAAAAAAGCCAAAAUCCGCAGUCUUCAGGAAAGGCUCAAGGGGCUCCGGGACGUCAGCAGUGACGCGAAGAAGGAGCCGGUGGAGGGGGACCGAGCGGCGAAGGGGGAGGAAGACGACGAGUACGGUGGAAGCACCGACGACGACGACGACGAUGACGCCGUCGCGCCUUCUCACGAGGCGCGGCCCUGCUCUCCCAGCCCAUUGGACGACAGCCUGAGGGACAUCACGGAUGUGGCGCCCAGUCGCAAGCGACGCUUCCGCCACCUGGGAGCCUCGGACGCGGCCUUCGAGCGACCACACGCAAGGGGCGACUCCCCGGGAGCAACCAAUCAGCAGCCUCCGCCGCUACAGCGCCACUGCGAUGUGUCUGCAGCAGAAGCGGAGGACCUGUUUGAGGACUUCUGACUCCCGCAAGUCGUAGUUCGGAAAGAUUCUGUGGACGUCAAUCCGGGACCUUGUCCUGCUGGUCGGAGCUGUGCACAGCUCCUACAUUGUCACGGGCUGCGUCUCCUGUGGACCCCCAGGACUGGGCGGACCCCUGGAAAGAACUCCACCGCAGACUUGUCCGGACUUCUUCGGCCAGCCAGCAGAAUUGUCGUUCCGUUUGGUAAAUGCGAUGAAGCAGAAUUUUUGUGUACAGUGGAUCUUUAAAAGUCUGAAUUCUGUUCCAGUACGCUCACACAUUUUUUGUGUGUGUGUGUCCAGUGUUGCCCCGAUAAGCACAGAGAAUAAAUAAGAAUUGAAUUAACGCUACCCUCGAAAUAACCCCAAAACAUUUAUGAAAAAGUGGGGGGACACCGCCACUAAGUGUUUUGUGUUGCCCCCCCCCCCCCCCCAAGAAAAAGUAAUACAAGAAGGAAAAAAUUUUUUUGUUUUUUUUUCAUUUAAAAAAAAAUAGUUAUAAAAAAAAUAUCAGCGCAUAGUUGAAUCCACGGGUGCCGAACCGCGAGUAUGCGUGGGACCACUGUAAUUGCUUAACAGUGAAAACCAUAAAUAUACCACAAACCAAUGGUCACCAACCUUUUUGAAACUGAGAGCUACUUCUUUGGUACCGAUUCAUGCAAAGGGCUACCAUUUUGAUACACACUUCCGAAAAAACAAACUUGCUCAAAUGAGCUUUCAUAAUAUGUUAUCAAUAAUUAAUGAAUGAAUUAUUUGAAGACAUGUAUCAUAUUAAUGGUUUCUCACAAUCAUUUGAAGAAAAAUCAAUAUACAACAAUUUAGUUCUAUAAACCUCUGCCAGUGUUUACAUUUUCAAAUAAGCACCUUUCCGAGAAAAUCACAGUGUGCCAUCACGAGUGAGCUAUUUUUAGAACGGACCAUGUUGUGCAACAUGUUGGUCACCCUUUCCAAAACAUUUGAAUAUCAUUUGAAACUAAUCUUCCAACAUUUCCCGAGAAAAUAAAUGGCGUACUGAUGGUUUGAGUUCACCAGAGCAAAAACGGAAACAUGCGGAGAAAACUGCAGAACUUCCGUUAGCAACCCGGGCUAAACUUGGCUCCUCCCCACCGUACAAAAUUGUUCAGCCAGGGGUGUCUAAACUUUCUCCUCCGAGGGCCGCAUUCAUAAAAACUGAAGAAUGCAAGGGCCACUUUGAAAGCUUGGAAGUCAUCUACCAAGCAAUUCUAUAUUGUAGUUGUUUUUAUCACCAAGUACAUCACAGCUUUCUUUCAGCGGUUAUAAGGCAAAUUUCGGGGUGGCCCGCAGCCCUGAAAGCCGCUGGAGAAUAGAUCCGCCGCUGCAGAAGCAAAACAUUUUGCAAUCUGUAGCAAGCUGCCAUUUUUGAUAAGGAGCACAAAGUGGAGGAAACCAGUUUUGCUUAUCUUUCUGAAGAGAAAUGUUGGGACUCUUUUAGGCAAAUUUGCUAUUAAGCUGAUGUCUCGAAAAGCUGACGUUUUAGUAGUACAGUUGUAGUAGUCUUGAAUGGGGAAUGUGGGUGUGGGUGCCCCCGCCCCCCCACCCCACCCCAACAAACAUACACACUUUUUGACACGUUUCGCGGGCUGUGUCAAAAGUAUUUUGAGUAGUUUGGUCACCCGUGUUCUGGCACGCCAACGUCUUUACUACGUUCCUAUUUUCCAGGCCUUUGGCCCCAUCUUGUGGCAUCUUCGCGUGUUCUCGAAAAUGUGCAUUUUUCAGCAAAUAAUAGCGGAUAGUUUGAACAAAUAUGUGGGAGCUUAUUGUACAUAACGUAUAUUAACCUGAUCCCGGGUCCGUCUUGAGUGCUGAUGACGUCACAAGUAUGAUGUUUCUUUUUUUUUUUUUUAACUUUGUGAUGUCUCCAUGGUAAUAAAAUAAAAAGUGGGCUGGCCCUUGAACCUC